GCGCGCGGGACGUAAUGGCAGCGGUCUGGCCUCUGUGGGGUGGCGGUGGCGUUUAGGAGGCUAAAAGUCUGAAUUCAGGGUGCCAGCCCCAGGGGAAGGCUUUCUGUCUCUGUCAGCUCUGGGGAAAGGUCCUUGUCAUCAAUCUUCCCCAGUGUAGAAAAAGCCAACAAAGUCAACAUUUGUGACCUUGGUUACUUUGGGAUUAAGGCAGGUGGCCACAGGGCUAAUCCAAAGACCUGCAGUCAGUCGCCAGGAUAGUAAUGGUUAUGUAGGUGGGAACAGAAGAGGUCUUACCAGGCUUUGCCCUCAACAGACAUCCACACAUCCGAGGCCCAUUCCAGGAACCAGAACAGAAAUUCUGCCAAAGACUUGGAAGAACAAUUGUUUUUCCAGGAAGGAGAUUUUAAACCACAGUCAGUCCUGGACAUGGAAACCCCUAGUGGGGGAAGAUGCUCUGGGGGCUUUGAAAUUGUGAGAAGUGCUAGGGUGCCUUCCAGCUCCAUCAAACCAGACAGUGUUGCCAUGGAAGAGAAAGCUCCUGUGUUAAUCACACAUGCAGGAAGCUUUGAGCAGGCUCGGGAGCCAGCCGAGUUGCAAGCAGCCUGUGUGAGCGGGAAAACCUGCAGAUGUAGUGUGUGCGGGAAGGGCUUCAAGCAGCGCUCGGCCCUCACGGUGCACGAGAGGACUCACACCGGGGAGAAGCCGUAUCUGUGCGGCGCAUGUGGGAAAGUCUUCCGGUGCCGGUCCAACCUUAUCGAGCACCAGAGGAUCCACACUGGUGUGAAACCCUACGAAUGCAGCGAGUGCGGGAAGGUCUUCAUUCAGAACUCCACCCUCACACUGCACCAGAGGACGCACACCGGGGAGAAGCCUUACAAAUGCAGGGAGUGUGGCAAGGCCUUCCGGGGGAGCUCGGACCUUCGGAAACACCAGCGCAUUCACACUGGGGAGAAGCCCUACCAGUGUCAGGAGUGCGGGAAAGCCUUCCGGUGGAGCUCGCCCCUGAUCCGCCACCAGAGGAUGCACAGCGGUGAGAAGCCGUACCGGUGCAUCGAGUGCGGCAAGGCCUUUGGACAGAGCUCCACCCUCAUUGAGCACCACAAGAUCCACACGGGCGAGAAGCCCUACGAGUGCUUGGACUGCGGCAAGGCCUUCAAGGGCAGCUCGGACCUCAGCCAGCACCAGCGGAUCCACACGGGCGAGAGGCCCUACGCGUGUGGCGACUGUGGGCGCACCUUCAUGUGGAAGACUGCACUCGUCACCCACCAGAGGACGCACAGUGGGGAGAGGCCCUACGCGUGCGGCCGGUGCGGCAAAGCCUUUGUUCAGAGCUCGCAGCUCAGCCAGCACCAGCGGAUCCACACGGGCGAGAAGCCCUAUGAGUGCCCGGCGUGCGGGAAGGCCUUCAGUGUGAGCGCCUACCUCGUGGAGCAUCAGCGGAUCCACACGGGCGAGAAGCCCUACGCCUGCCUGGAAUGCGGCAAGGCCUUCAUUCAGCGCUCGCACCUUGCCCAGCACCAGCGGAUCCACACGGGCGAGAAGCCCUACACCUGUGGCGAGUGCGGCAAGGCCUUUCGAUACAGCUCCUACCUCCUCCAGCACCGGAAGCUCCACUCCAGGGAAUAGCUCCGGUGUCCCGCCGCCAGCGAUGCCUCAUGUCCCACCUCCUGGGGGCGCGGCACCUCACCUCCCACCCUCCUUUGGCCACCUCAGAGGCUCUCCCCAUUUCAGUCUUCUUUGCUGGGGCUUGCCCCUCUGUCGGGUCCCCCUUCCAUUUCUUUUUUCUCUUUAUGUUUAACAUUCUUAUUGCUAUAUUGACAUACCAUAAAGUUUGCCCUUUUAAAGUGUAAUUCAGUGGUUUUUAGUAUAUUCACAGAGUUGUGCAACCAUCACCACUAUCUAGUUCCAGAACAUUUUCAUCACCCCAACAAGAAACCCUGAACCUAUCAGCGGUCAAUUCCCAUCCUUCCCUUCCCCCCCAGCCCUGGCAACCAUUAAGCUACUUUCUUUAUCUACAGAUUUGUCUGUUCUAGACAUUCUGUGUAAACACCCCCUUUCCAUCUUCUGACCACUGGUGGACACACCAUGGGUAUCCUAAUCCAAGGAAUCCUUUGCUUUUCCUUGCUGAGACUCAUUUCAUCACUUUGCACCAUGCACUGGAUUGGGCUUUGCUCUGCGGGCAGCACUGGUUGCUUUCACUUCUUUGGCCUUCCUCGCAGUCUUAUGCCAUCACACUUCUGUUGUUGAAGGCACAGCCCCAGGAGCCCACCCCCAAUAAUUGUAAUAAUAAACCACAUCUUCACUGAGUUGCUUUUGUGCACAAGGCACUCCCUGGGCUGUAUCAGUUAAUUUGAAUAGCCAAAUCUGCCUCCUGUCUGUGCUUUAUCUCUGAGACGGCUCCUGAUUGUCCAGCCCUGAGCCCUCUGCCUAGCCCAACCCCACAUCACUAACACCUUCUCAAAUGCACACUCAUUUAUACUCAGUCACAUUCAUCACACACUGACACAUUCACAUAAACUUACUCGUGGACCAUGUACAACCAUAUACAUACAUUCACUCACACUCAUACGACACAUGUUCAUACACACGCAACACAUGGUUACACACAGUCACACAUACACUUACACAUUCACUUACUCUCAUGUACACGUCCAUAUACACAUUGACACUUUUAUAUACACACCCUCACAUACACUUUCACACACAGUCACACAUUCACUCACACGCAAGUAGCACAUGGUUAAUUAGUCACAUGCAUUCACAUACACAUAGACACAUUUAGUCACACUCUUACAUUCACUCUCAUAUAUAAGCACAUGCACACACAUUCAUUUACGUGUUCCCCAGGCAGCUGGCUGACUCCUGGCCCCCUGGGUGCUUUUCCACAGAAGCCCCGAGAGCAUGGGGUUCAGGCCAGUCUUCCAUGGCAGCGGAUGGUGGGGGAGAAUCACAGAGGUGCCCCAGAGUGUUGGUGGAAUGGAUUUGGGACCCUGGGGCAGCUUCUGGGUCCUCCACGCAGAGGCCAGAGGCGCUGCUUCUGUGAGGCGUGUGUGCUCACCUGUGCACGUGUGUUUGUGUGUCCAUGUGUCCUUAUUUGCAUAUCUAGGUGUGUGUGUGUUUUGUAGAAUGGCUUUAUUGAGAUAUAAUUCACAUACUAUAAAAUCCAUUCUUUUAAAGUGUAAAAUCCAAUGAUUUCAGUAUAAGAGGUUAUGCAACCAUCAUCACUAAUUCCAGGGCCAUUUUCAUCACACCAGAAGGAAACCCAUAGCCAUCAGCAGUCACUCUCCCUCCCCUCUCCCCUUAGCCCCCUGGCCACCAGUGAUCUCUAGGGAUUUGCCUACCCAGACAUCUUAUAUAAAUGGGAUCACACAGCAUGUGGCCUUUUGUGUCUGGCGUCUUUGACUUGGCAUAAUUUUUUCAA